CAUUCGAGUUGCGGCGGAGGUUACCGAAGAGGACGCUGGUGAUUCCGCAAUAAUACACUCGGGCAGAGCAGGCUAGAAAGCAAGCACAUGUUGAUUUAAUCUAUUUUGUGGCGCUUCCGUCGUCGUUUUUUUUUUCUACAAGCUUAGACGAAGCGUUAAUUCAAAGACAGCUACGUUAAUAUGGAGCUUUAUCGGGAGUACUAGUUCACAACGCAGCCGGCAACAUCUAGCCAUAGCAUUGUUAGCUUAGCAUUAGCGGCUAACAGGUUGCUAGCUCCCCCGAGACGCAAAUCCGCCGUUUUGUUUGUUUCCUAUUAUUGACUUCACUUUGUUAAAGGAGUAUUCAGUCGCUGUUUCAUUAUCGCUUUAUUCUGCUGCGACCGAGAAGAGAGAGGACCAGCGUCAGGUGGGGAGUCCAGUCAUCAUCAUGGACAACGCUCACACAAAGACGGUGGAAGAAGUGUACACUUUCUUCAAUGUCAACGAAAGCACCGGACUGAGCUUGGAACAGGUCAAGAAGCAACGAGAACGAUUCGGACCUAACGAGUUGCCGGCUGAGGAAGGCAAAUCCCUUUGGGCACUGGUGGUGGAACAGUUUGAAGAUUUGCUUGUGAGGAUCCUGCUACUGGCUGCCUGCAUAUCCUUUGUGCUGGCCUGGUUCGAAGAGGGAGAGGAAACGGUCACGGCCUUUGUGGAGCCUUUUGUCAUCCUACUUAUUCUCAUCGCCAAUGCCGUUGUGGGAGUCUGGCAGGAGCGAAAUGCAGAAAAUGCGAUCGAGGCCCUUAAGGAGUAUGAGCCAGAGAUGGGCAAGGUGUACCGCCAGGACAGGAAGAGUGUCCAGAGAAUCAAGGCCAGGGACAUUGUGCCUGGAGACAUUGUGGAGGUCGCAGUUGGCGACAAAGUGCCUGCAGACAUCAGGCUCACCUCCAUCAAGUCCACCACGCUGAGGGUCGACCAGUCCAUCCUAACAGGAGAGUCUGUGUCCGUAAUCAAACACACGGACCCCGUGCCGGACCCUCGCGCUGUCAACCAGGACAAGAAGAACAUGCUCUUCUCUGGCACCAACAUCGCGGCAGGCAAGGCCGUAGGCGUGGUGGUGGCCACAGGCGGAAACACGGAGAUCGGUAAAAUCCGGGACGAGAUGGCCGCAACGGAGCAGGAGCGCACGCCGCUGCAGCAGAAGUUGGAUGAAUUUGGACAGCAGCUCUCUAAAGUGAUCACACUCAUCUGCAUCGCCGUGUGGCUCAUCAACAUCGGACAUUUCAACGACCCUGUCCAUGGAGGCUCCUGGAUCCGUGGGGCCGUCUACUACUUCAAGAUCGCCGUCGCUCUGGCAGUGGCGGCCAUUCCUGAAGGUCUGCCUGCUGUCAUCACCACUUGCCUGGCUCUGGGCACACGCCGCAUGGCCAAGAAGAACGCCAUCGUCCGUAGCCUACCCUCAGUGGAGACCCUUGGCUGCACAUCCGUCAUCUGCUCCGACAAGACCGGGACCCUGACAACCAAUCAGAUGUCUGUGUGCAGGAUGUUCAUUAUUGACCGUGCAGACGCCAGCCAUUGUUCCUUAAAAGAAUUCACUGUCACUGGUUCUACAUAUGCUCCAGAUGGACAAGUGUUCCAAGAUGGCAAACAAGUCCAGUGUUCCAAGUACGAUGCUCUGGUGGAGCUGGCCUCCAUCUGCGCUCUCUGCAACGAUUCCUCACUGGACUACAACGAGACCAAAGGUGUGUAUGAGAAGGUGGGCGAGGCCACGGAGACGGCCCUCACGUGUCUGGUGGAGAAGAUGAACGUGUUUGACACGGAAGUCAAAGGACUUUCCAAGAUCGAGAGAGCCAACGCGUGCAAUUCCGUGAUCAAGCAGCUGAUGAAGAAAGAGAUCACGUUAGAGUUCUCCAGAGACAGGAAGUCCAUGUCGGUGUACUGCACCCCCAACAAGGCUCGCUCCUCUGCAGGGAAGAUGUUUGUUAAGGGAGCCCCCGAGGGAGUGAUUGACAGGUGCUCACACGUCCGUGUGGGCCACAACAAGGUGGCCAUGACCCCCGCCAUCAAGGACAAGCUGAUGUCUGUGAUCAGGGAGUACGGCACAGGCAGGGACACUCUGCGCUGCCUGGCUCUGGCCACUCGGGACAACCCUGUGGACAAGAGUGACUUAGUACUGGAGGACUGCACUCGCUUCAUUGCCUAUGAAACUGAUCUAACAUUUGUGGGCUGCGUGGGCAUGUUGGACCCUCCCCGGGCGGAGGUGGCAGCUUCCAUUAGACUUUGCCGUCUGGCAGGCAUUCGUGUCAUUAUGAUCACGGGUGACAACAAAGGCACGGCAGUCGCCAUUUGCAGACGCAUCGGUAUUUUCGGAGAGGACGACGACGUGUCCAGCAUGGCGUACACCGGCCGGGAGUUUGACGACCUGUCCCCUUCGGCACAAAGGGAGGCGGUGGUCAAGGCUCGAUGCUUUGCCCGCGUGGAGCCGUCCCACAAGUCCAAGAUUGUGGAGUAUUUGCAGUCCUACGAUGAGAUCACGGCCAUGACCGGCGACGGCGUGAACGACGCCCCCGCUCUCAAGAAGGCGGAGAUCGGCAUCGCCAUGGGCUCGGGCACGGCGGUCGCAAAGACGGCCUCCGAGAUGGUGCUGGCUGACGACAACUUUGCUACCAUCGUGGCUGCUGUGGAGGAAGGUCGAGCCAUCUACAACAACAUGAAGCAGUUCAUCAGAUACCUCAUCUCCUCCAACGUGGGAGAGGUUGUCUGCAUCUUCCUGACGGCGGCUCUGGGCUUCCCCGAAGCUCUCAUUCCAGUGCAGCUCCUGUGGGUCAACCUGGUGACUGACGGGCUGCCAGCCACCGCUUUGGGCUUCAACCCGCCAGACCUGGACAUCAUGAACAAAUCUCCUCGCAACGCUCGCGAGCCCCUCAUCUCUGGAUGGCUGUUCUUCCGAUACCUGGCCAUCGGAUGUUAUGUUGGUGCUGCCACUGUGGGUGCUGCUGCCUGGUGGUUUGUUGCUGCUGAAGACGGACCAAGGAUCACAUUUUACCAACUGAGCCACUUCCUGCAGUGUGGUCCAGACAGUCCUGACUUCCAGGGUCUGGACUGUAAAGUGUUUGAGUCUCCUUACCCAAUGACCAUGGCCUUGUCAGUGCUGGUCACCAUUGAGAUGUGCAACGCUCUGAACAGCGUGUCUGAGAACCAGUCUCUGCUGCGUAUGCCUCCAUGGGAGAACGUGUGGCUGCUGGGGGCCAUCUGUCUGUCCAUGUCCUUGCACUUCCUCAUCCUCUAUGUGGAGCCUCUUCCAAUGAUCUUCCAGAUCACACCCCUCAACCUGACCCAGUGGCUGGUGGUGCUGAAGAUCUCCCUGCCGGUCAUCUUGCUGGACGAGGUGCUGAAGUUCUCUGCCAGGAACUACCUGGAGGCCGGUAAAGACGUGGAGGACAAGUCCAGGGCGUGCUGCCUGUCUGCAUGUCUGGAAGGCAUCUCCUGGCCCUUCAUGGCCGUCUGCCUGCCUCUGCUGCUCUGGGUCUACAGCACCGACACUAACAUGGCCCACAUGUUCUGGUCCUGACUCACCUGACAGGCGUCGUCACUCCCCCACCUUUGCUCACCUGCACCGCCUUCAUACCCUCCCCCCCCCCCCCCUCCGCCCACUCCACGUGUGCAUGUGUGUGUGUGUGUGUGUGUGUGUGUGUAAGUGUGUGUGUGUGUGCAGGAGCAGCUCCAAUACUCUAAAUGUGCUGACAAGGCACUUGUUGUCUUGCAUAGUCUAGAUUUCCUUUGACAUGAAUAUGACUUCUGCCUUUUUAACUUUUAUCCCAGGCCCGUGUACAGCGUCACCACACCAAUUAUUAUUAUUAUUAUUAUUAUUAUUAUUGUUCUCCUUAUGAAACACAAGAAGGGCCCAGCAGAAAAAGGUUGAUCUGUACAGAGAGUGAACACUAUUUUAUGCAAUUCAGCCGCUUUUUUGUUUUUGUCUUGUUUUUUAACAUGGGACCAGAGUCGUGUCCUUCCUUGUCGUGUGGCGUGCGGGGGGGGGGGG